AACGUUCUCCCGCCCGGACGCAAGAUGGCUGGCGGCGGCCACGCUUUGCCCUCCUCUCCUCCGCUUCCGGCGGAGGGCGGAAGUGGGCCGCGGAGGCGGCCUCGGGGGCUGGUGAGGGGUCAAGAUGGCGGCCGGACCCAUCUCGGAGAGGAACCAAGAUGCCACUGUGUACGUCGGAGGCUUGGACGAGAAGGUCAGUGAACCCUUGCUGUGGGAGCUCUUCCUCCAGGCCGGCCCAGUUGUGAACACCCACAUGCCCAAAGACAGAGUCACUGGCCAGCAUCAAGGCUAUGGCUUUGUGGAGUUCCUCAGCGAGGAGGACGCGGACUACGCCAUCAAGAUCAUGAACAUGAUCAAGCUCUACGGAAAGCCGAUCCGGGUGAACAAGGCCUCGGCCCACAACAAGAACCUGGACGUGGGCGCCAACAUCUUCAUCGGCAACCUGGACCCGGAGAUUGACGAGAAGCUGCUCUACGACACCUUCAGCGCCUUUGGGGUCAUCCUGCAGACCCCCAAGAUCAUGCGCGACCCCGACACGGGCAACUCCAAGGGCUACGCGUUCAUCAACUUCGCCAGCUUCGACGCUUCCGACGCGGCCAUCGAGGCCAUGAACGGACAGUACCUCUGCAACCGGCCCAUCACGGUCUCCUACGCCUUCAAGAAGGACUCCAAGGGCGAGAGGCACGGCUCGGCCGCCGAGCGCCUCCUGGCCGCCCAGAACCCCCUCUCGCAGGCCGACCGGCCCCACCAGCUUUUUGCAGACGCUCCUCCCCCGCCAUCGGUCCCAACCCCAGUCGUUACCACCUUGGGGCCGGGGGUCACUCCGCCAGGCAUCCCACCGCCCGGAUCGUUCCCUCCACCAGUGCCACCCCCGGGAGCGAUGCCUCCAGGAAUGCCUCCGGCCAUGCCGCCUCCACCCAUGCCGCCAGGGGCCGGAGCCCCCGGACCCCCUUCUGGAGGUGCUCCUGGUGGGGGACACCCUCCCCACCCGCACCCUUUCCCUCCCGGCGGGAUGCAUCCAGGGAUGCCGCAGAUGCAGGUCCACCACGGGAUGCCUGGGAUGGGACCACAUCACCCGGGGCCGCCGGGUGCAGGAGGCCAACCGCCGCCCCGUCCGCCUCCAGGAAUGCCCCAUCCUGGGCCACCACCUAUGGGCAUGCCUCCCAGAGGGCCACACUUUGGAUCACCCAUGGGCCACCCAGGCCCCAUGCCCCCCCACGGGAUGCGAGGGCCUCCUCCUUUGAUGCCGCCCCACGGAUACAACGGCCCGCCUCGCCCCCCUCCCUACGGCUACCAGCGAAUCCCUCUCCCGCCGCGCCCUGCCCAGAGACCCAUGGUGCCGCCCCGAGGGCCCAUGCGGGGGCCCAUGCCCCCCUAGAGAAGAGAACAUUGCAAGCGGACAUCAAGAAGCCUCGGCCAGCCACGGGAUCCUUCUGCCUCCUUUUCCUUUGGACAACAUUCCAGUGCGCCAGAGCCCCCUGGCCCCCUUCCGGACGUGGGAAAAACCCACCUCUUGCUUGGGAUGAGGCUUUUCUCAUCCUGGUCUCCUUUAACUCCAUUGUCGCUGCAAACAAAGAUGAUCCGGCUGUUGGUUAGUUUUUAAUUGUCUGUGUUGCAUUUAUCCUCCCUUUUUGUGAAAUCUGACGUAGAAAUACAGUUUGCAAAUAAAAGUUGGGGAAGGUUCUCUUUGGAGACUACAAUAA